CCUUCGGAGGCAGACCCCUUCUCAGGAACCAUAUAAUGGCUUCAAACUAAGUAACCUUAGCCAAGUUGGUGUCUUUGUGUUCAUUUCCUUUCAGUUCAUAUAUUUUUAGGGUUUGCUUUACAGACAGUAGUUGCAAAGUAGCUAGGUUUAGUUUGCCAGAAACUUUCAUCCACAGGUACGGAGUCGGUGUUGGUUCAAAGGGAAAACCUGUAACGGAAAAAAAAAAAAAAAACUCUUAUUCCAUAUAUUCCUUUGUUUAGUCAUAUCUUUUCAGUGGUCAAAUUAGGGUUCAAAAAGAAGAGAUCGAGACAGGAAGGUAUGGAUGAGAGAAGUGAUGCUGAUAAACUGGAUGAAGUCUUGCUACCAGGGUUUCGAUUUCAUCCAACUGAUGAGGAGCUUGUUGGGUUUUAUUUGAAGAGAAAGAUUCAGCAGCGACCUCUCUCUAUCGAGCUCAUCAAGCAGCUUGAUAUCUAUAAAUAUGAUCCAUGGGAUCUUCCAAAGUUGGCCACCACUGGGGAAAAAGAGUGGUAUUUCUACUGCCCUAGGGACAGGAAGUACAGAAACAGUGCGCGGCCUAACCGGGUGACCGGAGCAGGGUUUUGGAAAGCCACGGGAACUGAUCGGCCGAUCUACUCCUCUGAAGGCUCCAAGUGCAUUGGCUUGAAGAAAUCCCUUGUUUUCUACAAAGGUAGAGCCGCCAAGGGGGUCAAAACUGACUGGAUGAUGCAUGAGUUUCGGUUACCUUCACUUUCCGACUCAGCACCUCCAAAGAGAUUCCUGGACAAAGGCAUUCCUGCCAACGACUCGUGGGCAAUAUGCAGGAUAUUCAAGAAAGCUAAUUCCACAACCCAAAGAGCUCUAUCUCACUCUUGGGUGUCUCCACUGCCUGAAACCAACACAACUGGUCACAUGCUAGCCAAAGGUCCCCAGUGUAAUCAAUUCAUCAGUUCGGAGAACAUGUCAUUAACAUCAAAAGCCAGCUGUUCGCCCAUUCAGUUCUCGAUAAACAAUGAUAUGAUCAGUGCAUUUUCUCCCUUAGAUUUUUCAUCCUACAAAUCCUUAAAUCAAAUAGUUGAUAAAUCCACUCAACUUCCCAUCUCGAGUACUGGAGAGCUACACUCUAGCUUCUUGUUUUCCCCUCUAGAAACUUCAAUACCGGCUAAAUGCACAGUUGAUCUUUCUUCCAUGCUGUUGAACAUGCCGUCUUCAAUGCUUGGAGAUUUUGGAACUAAGGCCACUACUCAUGACAGUAUAGACUAUGGUGGAGUACCACAAGAACAUUGCAAUGGCUUCUCAAUCAAUUUACUUCAAGACAUGCAAGGGAACAUUGAUGGCGGCCAUGGUGAGCAUGCCAAUGCCUCGAUGAAGAAUCCUAAUCUAAUGCAUACCGAUGACCAGUGGGAGACCGUCCGAUCCAUUGGAUUUCCGUUCAGUUUGCCUUCCAAUGUCGAUGCUUGGAAGCCCAACUUGGUGUGGGAUUCUUCACCAUGUCCUAGUGAAUUGUCAACAAGUUUUUCGACAACCAAGAGCUAUACUUAGUAAAAAACUAGAUUAACAGUCAAAGCCAUUGUUUUCUGGCUUUUAGACGUUACCGGUAGUUGAAGUUCAUUUUGUAGAAUCUUCUUGUAGGCCCUUGGAAUGUAUAACGACUGAAAUAGAAUGUGAACCCACGUUUAAUGAAUUUUGAAAA